UGCCUACACAAUUUCCUGUCUUUCGUAUCUUCCUAUUUGCAUAGCAUUUUCGCUCAUCAGAAUUCCUGAAAGCGAAGAUGUGUGCUAAGUUUGAUAAAAAACUUGUACAGAAUAACACUGAAGAGAAAGGAAAAUUUUUUAAGAAGCUUGGCUUGGUUUGGAAGUUUAUCUUCAAGCCUAAGAAUAAGGAAUCUCCGGACACUAAACCAUCCUCCCCUUUGGAUGCAUCCAAGUUGGCGGAAGCCCCGGUGCCGGAGGACGGGAGGAGAAAACAUGCACUGCUUAUCGGGGUGAGUUACAAAGGCACGAAGUAUGAGCUCAAGGGAACUAUCAAUGAUGUAAAGACAAUGAAGGAUUGGUUGAUUAAUAACUUUGGAUUUAAGGCAGAGAACAUUCGCAUUCUCACAGAAGAAGAGCCAAAUGAAGAAUUGAAACCAACAAAGGAGAACAUUCGGAACUCAAUGAAAUGGCUUGUGAAGGACUGCGGAGGACGUGACUCCUUGGUGUUCUACUUCUCCGGACAUGGCUUGCGACAACCGGAUUUCGAGAAUGAUGAGCGCGAUGGGUUCGAUGAAACUAUUUGCCCGAUCGAUUAUCUCACAGCAGGCAUGAUCCUUGACAAUGAAAUUUAUUCCACCAUUGUUCGCCCACUUCCUGAAGGUGUCACACUCCAUGCAAUUGUUGACGCUUGUCAUAGUGGAACUGUUCUUGAUCUAUCUUAUGUCUACAACAGAGAAACGAAGACGUGGGAUGACAACAGUCCACCAUCUGGUGUUAAAAAAAAUACAAGUGGUGGAUUGGCGAUUACAAUCAGUGCUUGUCGAGAUGAUCAAAUGGCUGCAGAUACUGAUGCCUUCAGUGAAGAUGAUGUGAAAAUGAGUGGAGCUUUAACCCAUACUCUGACAAGUCAUGUGAGCAAAGGCAAUGAAAUAACAUAUGGUAAACUACUUGACGCCAUCUAUAAGGACAUUGAGGACGCUGACAAACGAGGCUGGAUAGUCGGCAGGCUCUUGAGAAAACUGUUCAAUGCGAGGUUAUUACAGAAGCCUCAACUUUCUACCUCUGAACCCUUUGAUGUUUAUCAGAAGCGUUUCUAUUUAUAACAAGCCAGAAGAUUUGCUGUUGGAGGAAUGAGAAUUGAUUGAAUUACAUGACUAUGAAAUGAAAUAAGGUUGUCUUUGUGAAUAUACGCCAUGUCAUGAACCCAAUAUGAGCUGCUGAAUCCUAUAUUGAUCAUCUCUUCUGUGCACCAUAUAUCCUCUGCAUGUCAUGUAUACAAAUGCAACAUAGAGGAGAAAUGGGGAAGAAAGGAUGUAUUAUUUUAUAAUAUGUACGUAUGUGUGUCCUGAAUUAUCUUCAAAAGUUAAGUUUUUUUUUUUUUUUUAAAUGAUAGCUUUUAUA